UACGUCAGUGUUGCCGUUAUGUUGUUGUCAUACAGAUUGAAUCAGCCUUGACAGCAAUUGAACUAUUGAAAUUCACCGUAAAAUAACCUCACAAAUUCUGAUUCACCAAAAAUAGCAUAAUAUAUAUUGAGGAAAUAGUCAGUUAAUGUUUUUUCCUUGCCAUCUACAUUGCGUGCAUCUUUUGACUGUGUAAUACGCUCAUCGUGUGUCGUCCACUGUUUUUGUUUUACUUAAAUCUAAUAUACGUAACAUAAAAUGGCCAGGGAAAUUAAAUCUUCCAAUCCUUUCUUAGACGAUGAUGAUGAUUUAGAUGAUAAUGAAUUCCUCAACCAUCCUCGGCAAGGAAGCUCUGGUUAUAUACUGGGAAAUCAGAGUUCUGGAAGUGAGCAAAAUGAAUGGGAAAACAGAAGAAGACAGUUACUUGAAGAAAGACGUCGAAUAGAGGAAAGAACCUUGCAAAGUACCAAUAAUUCUCUUGGUUUACUCCACGAAUCAGAACAAGUGGGAAUAUUAACCGCUGAGGAACUUGUGAAACAACGUGAACAGCUUCAAAAUAUUGAAGAAAAUUUAGAUAUCAUAAACAGUACAAUGCGUACAAGUCAAAAACAUAUCAAUUCCCUAAAAAGUAUCUUUGGUGGUAUCAAAAAUUAUUUUAGCAAAGGUGGCCAAGCAGAUCCUACAGUGAGAGUUCCUGUUGACGUCCCUGAAAAAAAGCAUGCAAGUGCAUUAAGCAGUACUAUUGAGACUCUAAAAUCAGAUACCAAACUGAGUGAAGCUACACAUCCAGCUUUAAGAAUUCGGAAUUUGCCUUAUGAUGAUCCAGAUUCUUUGAAAAAUGAACUUUUUUCUCCAGAAAAGACACCUUCUCCUCCAGCAAUGCAAUUAACAAAUGAUGUAGAGGAGAAACUAGAUAAAAAUUUAGAAUUUAUGUCUAUGGGACUUGGAAGACUGAAGAAUCUAGCUAUUGGUUUAAAUGAAGAAAUUGAACAACAGAAUGAGAUGAUAGACUUGAUUCAUAAUAAAGCUGAUAAAGCAGAUGAAACUUUGGAAUACCAAAAUAGACAGAUAAAGCGUAUUCUAAAAAAAUAAUUGAUUAUUUAGCUGUACAUUUUGUUCCAAUCCUGAAUUUAUUUUUAUUUUCUGUAAAAAUAUUUUAUAUUAUAUGUAAUUAUUUAUAGUUAAGUUUAAAAAUAAUUCAUGUCAGUAUUAAGCAAUAAAAUUGUUAUGUAACUUAUU